AUGGACACAUUAGGUGCCCCUCUUCGAUCAGGUGAAAGUUAUCAGAUUUCCGUAGUAGUCGCUGACCACCCUGGUGCAUUAACAAUAGGUAAAACCGAUGAUUUAGAUUGUGUAUAUCUUGUCUCAUCACAAGAUGAUUCGAGUCAUGGUUUAUCAGUGAAAUUCCACUCCACAGACAUCCUUGUGAAGCCUGCGUGUGUUGAAUCUGCGAAGUGGCUUGUAUUUGUUGAUAGUGAAUUGGAUCCUUUGCCAAUUCAUUAUGUUGGUAUUGGUGGUCCUGAAAACUAUCCUUCUCAUACGGAAAUAUUCGAUGGCACAUUUAGUAUUCAGAGAUCUGAGUUAUUUCCACUUGCUUAUACACUAAAUUAUUGCAGAAUGGAUCAUUGUUCGUAUGUUGGAAUAAACAAAGUUCUUAUCGGUAAUGAAAGUGAUAGGCGUUUGAUGUUGAGACAGGCUAUUGUCGUUGUGUUUGAACAUGAUCGGUUUUCUUUAUAA